CCUCACCUGCCCCACACUGGAGGAUGAAGAACAGCCUGUUGCUCUUAACGACUGACACUUCACCAGCAGGAUGUCUGUUUCCAGCCCGGCUCUCCAGCUUCACAUGAACAUCUCCACCGCGUCAGCAGAACUAAACUGAGAGGGACAUAUUGUGUUUUUCUCUGGAGGAGCUGCCUGCUUGAGUUGGACUGAGGAGACAAACAAUGUGGUCCACACCAGCUGCUUCCAUGGUGUGCAUCCUGUUGGGGAUCAUAUGUGAUGUGUCCUCACUGCAGCCCAGAGUUCUACAAAGACAGAGCGGGCGGAUUCCAAAGGAGCUCACCACAUUAGAGGAAGACAUCCAGAAAGUCAUCAAUCAGAUCCGCUCUUUGUCCAAUGACAACGAACAGACGCGCAGCUUCACUGCAGGAGAGGAGAGUUUCUCUUUAGAUGCAUAUUACAGUGUGCUGAGUAACCUGUACGCUCUCUUCCAACCUCUGCUGAGAGACAGGUUCACAGACGACCUGCCCAGAAUCUUAGUGUGCAUCAUGUCAGGGAGGCAGGACUGCGGCCUGGAGGCAGAGCUGACGAAGGCGGUGACUCUGAAGCUGGGAAGGCCCCUGCUGGCGUUUGUGUCGUCUCUGAGGUCCCAGACAUGCUCUCCUCUGAGCGGCGACACACAGUCGUCCAGCUUCUCCAGGGCCUACCUCGGGAUGGGGGAGUCGGUGGCCACAGCGUUCACUGGUUUUCAGCAAACCUUAAUAAACAUACUGAGUGUCCCCGUCUCUGGGAAUUUCAUGGGUGCGGCGAGCGGCCUCGUGGACGCAGCCGUGACAAACAUCCUGAGGUUAAUGGCAACGUUGCUCCAAGAACCAAUGGACUACAUCAAGAUAGCUUUACAGUUUGCAAUCAGCGUUCCGUCUUUAGAUAGAGACGAGACCUGUCAGCAAGGAGAUCUCAAGCAGCUCAUCAUGUGGGGGAUAAACCACAACGUGAGCUGGUCCUUCAGUAACUCCAUCGUUGACAUCCUCCUGGAAAUCUUCUUGGCCCCACAACAGCCUCCGUGCACAUACCCGGGGCCCGAGUGCCAGAGCCCUCCCAGCAUCCUCUUCCAGCGCAGCGUCUCAGAGGCGGCAGGCGACGGCCACGACAUCCUUCUCGAGUGCGAUCGCCACAACUUGGCGCGGCUCAACGACACGCUGUGCGCUGACAUCCUCGCCGGGUCGAGAUCCUCUACGUCAGUGCUCGCCUUCUGCCAGGCGCUGAACUCCCUCAGCGUCCACCAGAUGCAGCAGGUGUGGAGCAACAUGUGCUAUGUCAUCCGAGAACUGGCCUCUCCGCUCAGCAGGUCAACCGACUGCAGUGUUGGGGACGUGCGGCCUUCCCCUGCCACCCCCCCUUCCUCUCUGACCGUCCCUCUGACUGCGCCUCGUCGAGUGGCCAGAGAAGCCACCAACCUCAGACAGCUCGCCUGUAACUACAGCAGCUGGUCGGAGAACGAGGUGGUGGACGCCGUCCUCGUGACGCUGUGCAGCGACAACGAGCGCGAGGAGUUUGUGAGGCGGGUGUGCAGCGACGCUCCGCUGAUGGGGAAGCUGCUGUCGGACCGGAUGAACAGCUGGCUGUAUGCGUACUGUGCCAACUCCUCCGCAGACCCCGGGUACCUGGUGAGUCACUUCUGCGUCUACGGGAAGUGGUUCGACCAGCCCACGGUCCUUGUGGGUCCCCACUUACUGGAGUUCUGCAUGAACCUGGACGGCCCCACACUGACCAAGCACAUCUGUUGGAACACCGGAUUCUUCGUGAUGUUGUUCUCCCACCCAGAAAACUUCCAGUUCAUGCCCAACUGCUCAGUGUCGCCCCCUGCACCCCCGUUCCCUGACCCGGAUUCCCUGAUUCUAGAUUCUUGUCGUUACUCCGAAUGGCGCGAUGUGGCGCAAAUUCCCAUGGAUGUCCUGAUGCAGUGUGUCAGCCUCGAUCGGAAUGGUUUCAUCAAAGAGGUUUGCGCAAACCAGACUUUUCUCAACAAUUUGCUGCUUAAUACGGAAAACGACUGGCUGGAGAGUCUCUGUGAAACCUCUCAUAGUUUUCUACCCACCGAGCCGAGCCCGCCACUGAACACCGCAGACUGGUGUGACUACCACACGUGGGGCGAGCGGCCGGUGGACGAGUCGGUGGUCGGCCUCUGUUGGAACAAUGAUCAGCUGGCUUUUCAGAAGAACGUUUGCUGCAGGGCGUCGGUGUUGGAGAAGCUGUUAGAAAACCCUCAAAACCAAUGGCUGGUAUCUGUGUGCAGGGACAUAGACGACAUGGUGUCGCCACAGGUGUGCAAGUACUCAGAGUGGACGUAUCCCAUCAUGGUGGACAUGACCGAGCUCGCUCUCUGCUCCGAGAUCGACCCGCUCAACUUCACCUCCAUAGUCUGCGCCAACCAAACCAUCCUCCACAACCUGCUGACCAAUCAGGACAACACCUGGCUAAUACAGCACUGUGCCAACCGCACAGAUCCCGGGGUUUCUCCUGGAGGUGAUGGAGAUGAUGGGGAUGACCUGGCUGGAUUCAACCCGGCCGAGCAGUGCCUGUACUCCAGCUGGAGCGUGGCUCUUCCAGAUGUGUCGCUGCUAACUCUCUGCUGGGAACAUGACCAGACAAAUUUUGUCUCCUCUGUCUGCCCAAACUCCGAUCUCCUCCUCUUGCUGUCCCAGGAGCCGUCCAGUAUGUGGGUGAGCAGCAUGUGCACCACCUACACCAACUACACCACUGCCACCACCACCAACGCCACCACCAACGCCACCAACCUCAGCACCACUGCACAAUCUGAUUUUUGCCUGGCCAGAAAACUGGUGAGGCAGUUCAACUGGAACUGCUCGGCUGACUUCACCUCCGCCUGUCGGCCCGGGGCCAGUCAGAGUAUGGCCCUGCAGAUGAUGUUGCGCUGCUGGGUGGAGAGUCUGAGGCCCAGGGUGGAGGAUCUGCUGACUCCACCUGUGGCUGCAGUGCUGGAGCAGGCAGUCAGCACUACGGUGGUGUUCCUGUUGGCCCUGGAGGAAGUGCAGAACACCUCGCUGCACGUCAUCAAAAACAUUAGACUCAACGUGUUAGAGUCUGUGGGGCGCUACCUGGAGAGGGAAAAAGAGUUUGGAAAAAAGAGAGUCGUGCUGCAGUGCUUCGGGGAGUACUUCAGGGUGCCGCUGAGCAGCCUGAGGUCAGUGCUCAGUGCGACUAACAUCACCACUGUCAGACUGAUCCUUCAGUACUACAGCAGGAACAAGGAUACGCUGCAGCUGCCUGAUCAGUACCUGCCCAGCAUGAUGUCAGUGCUGCUCCACACCCACGUGAAGAGAGAUGUCAGUCUCUUCCCUGAGCUGGCUCCUCUGCUGGCCUCAGUCAGUCCCGCUGACAUCCAAGCUUUACCCCCACUGCAGAACGACGUGAUUGUGAGGGAGGCCAUCAACAGUAACCUGGGUCACAUGACUCUGGACCAGCGGGAAGCAUUUGGCCUGUGGUACAGCAAAGAUAUGCCCCCGUCCAAAAUCACCAAAGGUCAUCAGUCACUCAUUAGGGACACUGGAAACCUGAUCGCCUACCUGCCCUUCCGCAACUUCCAACACCUCUCAUCUGCUCAGCUGGUGGACGGGCUGGAUGUGUUGCAGGAAAGCCACCUCACUGCUCUGAAGCAGGAGUUCAUUGCUCAGAGCCUCGUCAGCAGCUACAGGAACCUGACAGCUCAGGAUUUUAUCAGGCUGGGUAAACUGUCAUGCCUGGCAGACCCAGAAGACCUGCUGCUGUACAGAGGCACUGAGGCCUUCAGUGUCAUCCAGCACUUUGUCAUGAACUGCACACGUGAGGGACUCAGUCUACCCAACCAUCUGAUUUCCAGUUUGUUGCUGAGCAGCACAGAAUUUAAUGUUCCCUCCUCGCUCAGCACAGAUCGACUGGCAGAGGUCGCCCACCUCAUGCCCUUGUUGGGUGUGACUUUCCUGCAGGGUCUCACUCCACUGCAGCUGGGAGCUGUUCUCCCUGCUCUCAGCUCCACCUCAUUCAGCUCUGCACAGGCUUCCGUAAUUGUAGACAAACUGACUUCGAUUACCGCAAUGACCGCUCCUGGUCAGCUGCAGAAGCUCGGCUCCCUCAUCGUGGGAGUGAAGACAGAGACCUUUUUGACCCUCACCUCCGACAUGCUGCUGUCUUCCCUGCCCGCCAUGGCCCGGCAAACACCAGGCCUCAGCCCGCCGGUGGCCAAUUCUAUCUCCACCAACCUAUGGGGGUUUCCAGAGGUUGUCACGUGGUUGGAUGAUGUGGAGCCUUUGCUCAACUGCACGCCUCUGCUCAGUGUCCUGCCCAGGACUCGUCUGCUUGUGAACAACAUUGCCAAUAUAACCACGAAACCCUUUAACACACAGCAGGCUAUAGCUAUUUUCAGAGAGGCACUUGAUACUAAACCAAACCUAAUCCUCCAACACUUUCUGAGUCUGGGAACACUGGGUCAAGGUGUGAGCUGUAAAGUCCUAAAGAAACAUUUUCAGGCCGACUCUUCACCUUCUGCGGUGAUAAGAAUCCUCCUCUUCCUCAGGCAGCAGCCUGGUCCUCUGCACACCUCACUGAAAACGUGUGUGAUCGACGAGCUGUAUCAGCUGGAGUUCUUCUCUGAGCUGCUCAAAGACCUCGGAGCUGAGAUUGCCCUGUCCAUGCCCAUGAGCACCAUUAACAAGUUUUCUACAGCUGAGAUGGACGCUCUGAGGCAGAUGGUUAUUCAGGACCCUCGUCACUUUCUCUUGCUGCCAAGAAAAAAACAGCAACUGCUGGUGGACAAAAUGGCGCAGAGGAUGAGCAUGUACACAGGAGUGUUCACUGAGGAGGAGUUCCGUUCACUGGGCGUCAUGGCACCGUUUGUGGUGGAUGAGGUUUUCAUUCAUGUGGACCGCAGCUUCUUCAUCGACAAUCUGGAUUUCCUCCUGGGACUCUGCUACAGCAGGAGCAAGAUGGAACUGGUGGCUCGGAUCCUGCAAGAACCUGCUGUCUUUGGCCCAGUGAAUAACUGGAACCAGACAACUCUCAGUCAGGUGGACCGGUUCCUCUUCUUCCUGCCUGACAGCAGUCUGCAGGACAUUUCCAUGGCGUUGAUGACUCUGGGACAUAUAGAGAAGCUGUUCAUGAUGCAGCGUCGGUGGGAACACGGGCCUGUGGGAAGUCGUUGUUUGAUCAAGAACGAGAGGAUGGCAUUUUUUCUCAAGCAGCAGUUUGUUCUUCAGUUUUUCCUGGGCUUCCUCAGAAUAAAUCCUCUGUCACCGACUCCAAUCGUUCCGACCUGUGAGCUUCUGCGCUCCAUCACUCCGGCUGCCUGGGCCGACAGCAGCCUGACGAGCAUGUCUUCAUCUGCCUUCUCCAACUGUCUGGAGCUGAUGGGUCACGACCCGUUCUUCUCAUCCUACCAACACAGGCAGCUGCUCCAGAAGGUCAAACAGAUGUACGGCCCCGUCUCGUCCUUCUCCCCGUCUGUGAUCUCUCAGCUUGGGGGUCUAGCAUUAGAGCUGACGUUAGAUGAGCUGAGCAGCCUCCGACUGAUUGAGCAGAGGAGCAUCGCUGCUCUGGGUGCUGUCAGUGACUGGAGCAACAGACAGUUGGCUGCUCUCUUUACCACCGUGUUGAACUCCACCAAACGGACUCCCAGUCAGCUGGACUCCAGCACACUGGUGGCCAUGGGACACAUCGUGUGUGGAGCUAAAGACACAGAGAUGAAAGCUUUCAAUGCUGUUGAGUUCAGUAAAGCGGUGCUCUUUCUGGGUCAGUUGACGCUCUCCUGCUCAGAGGAGCAGCUCGAUGCUCUGGUGGGGCUGCUCACACACAGUCUUGCUUUUGGACUCAUCAGUUCGUGGGGAACUGACGUCUUCAUUGAGAUCGGAGUUCUGGCAGCUGGUCUCCCAGACUUUGCCAUGUCGGCUUUGGUGAAAGAGCAAAUCGAAGGAAUUACGCCCUUGGCUAUCUCAAUGAUAUCGACUGUACGGUUCAGUGUGGCGUUAAACCACAUCCAGAUCAGCAUGUUCUCCUAUGAGCAGGCGGCUGCAGUGACUCCGGAGCAGGUCUCCGCUCUGUCAGACGUUCAGCGGACUGCUCUCGCCAUGGCGCUGACGCCCUGGGAGAACAGGCCUAUAAACUUCAGAGGGAAGUCACUGGGGCUGGCGCUGAGCCACAGUCCUCUGUGCCUCGUACUGGGACUGCUGAUGCUGCUGAUCGUCCUGCCCGACCCUGAUCUGCCCUGGCACAUGACCCCGCUCACCCCUGCUGGAUCAGGAGAUGCCUCUUCCCCCACAUAACCAAGACGAUCUCACUGAUCUGUGCAAGCUGUACCUCCUAGAUAAUAAGCAGCACUUCAGAAAGUGUUCACUGAGACUUUUUUGCAGUUGUCACUUUGAAUUAUCAACAUUCAGCACUAAACAAACCAAAGAUAUUGUUCGAUUCAGAGAAGUAAGAGAAAAACUAAACAUGUUCAGUGUAUAAACAACAUAUCCACCAACACCCAUAGAAUUCUUUUCAUUUCACUUUUCAUUUCCUUUAUUUAUUACUUUAUUUAUAUUUUGAUGAACCUGUAUGAACUCCUGGUGUAUCUUUCUCAGGGAUGUGAUGCCAUGCCCAGGAAAGAAAUGGAAUAGUUACUAUACAGUUAUUUAUUAACAGUUCAAAGUUGUGUUGCAAACCUACAAAGUUCUAUAUUUUUGUGAAAGGAUGUAAUAUUUUUAUCAGAGCUUUAAUCUUUCCCACAUUUAUAUAUUGAUGAUGUGAUAACAGGUUCAUAAUGCUCAGUGAGACACACUUGUGUUAGUACUUCAGUGUAUUUGCUGUGAGUUUUGUAUUGUUGUGCACACUCUGUGGUGUGAUAAAUAUAGAUGUAAACUAUUAAAGUGAACCACUCUGCC